CCAGGACCCUGCAUUCACUAUAUCCGGUCCCUCCAGACCCUGCAUUCACUAGAUCCGGGUCUCCCCCCGGACCCUGCAUUCACUAGAUCCCCUCUCCAUGGACCCCGCAAUUCACUAUAUCCGGUCUCCCCAAACCCCGCAUUCACUAUAUCCGGUCUCCCCGGACCCGCAUUCACUAUAUCCGCUCUCCCCGGACCCCACAUUCACUUUAUCCGCUCUCCCCGGACCCUGCAUUCACUGUAUCCGCUCUCACCUGGACCCUGCAUCCACUAUAUCCGCUAUCCCAGGCCCUUGCAUCCACUAUAUCCGCUCUCCCCGGACCUUGCAUUCACUAUA